AUGUUCAAGUCCGUAGUGAUCAACCGCACUGGCCUGGAGGACGUCGAACGUCUUCAUUAUUUGAAGACGUACCUGACAGGACAAGCAGCUCAAGCAAUCGCCAACACACCCAUGUGUAACGAGAGCUUCUCACUCGCCUGGGGUGCCAUCUGUAAACGAUACGAGGUACCUCGACUACUAAUCGGAGCUCAACUCGACAACAAGCUGGAUGGUGACUGCUACCUUCUCACUCACAUCAUCACCUCAAAACUCGACCGCUCAACUCGCGAACAGUGGGAAUUGUCACUGGGGGCUUCAGUAGAGUUCCCAAGACUCAAACAACUGCGUCAAUUCCUCACGGAUCGUGCUCGUGCUCAAGAAAGGUACGAAGAAAGUACUGCCAAGACUGGGGGUGCUCAAAAAUCCAGUCACUCGAACUCGCACUCAAGCUCCAAAGUCUAUAAGAACACUUAUGCUCAUAUGGCGACAUCUGCUGCUCAAAAAUCGGCUGGAACGUCAACACCAGCAAGCAAUCAACCCAAGGUGGUGGCCAAAACACAGUAUCCGUGUGACCUAUGCCAAGGUGACCACUACCUGGUCAGAUAUGACCAGUUUGGGAGAAUGACUCCACAACAACGCACUCAGCUGGUGAUCCAAGCCAGAUUGUGUCCAAAUUGUCUUGGACACCACCGAGUCGAGUCAUGCAACUCACCAUUCCGUUGCAGAGUGUGUCAAGAACAGCACCACUCUAUGAUUCAUCCAGGAAUCCCUGCAACUCACACCCAAAGUGCCCCUGCUCAAGCUCAAUAA